AUGGUUGCAGACCUUUCUCAGCUGCAUGAUCUUGUUGUUCAGACCUCUCAAACCGGUCUUGGUAGCUCCCUGAGUACCAAUACCAACAAAGAGAGCGUUGUGGUUCAACAUCUGCUUGUAAAGCGACGACUGCAGUCCAGAAAGCUUGCACUUGACGACCUUCUCAACCUUGUCUGGAAGAUCUUUCUCCACAUCUUUCUUCAGUCUUCUCAGCAAGAACGGUCUCAAAACCUUGUGCAAUCUUCUAAUAAUCAGCAAACUCUCUUCUUCAGAAAGCUCGAGCUUGUCCUGGUGGCCAGUGUUGGCGAAAGGAGUGUUGAACCACUCAUCGAAAGACUUAACAGAGUUGAACACUUUUGGAAGAACAAAGUUCAGCAACGCCCAAAGCUCAGGCAAGUUGUUCUGCAAUGGAGUACCUGUCAAAAUCAGUCUGUUUCUGGUGUGGUAGUAUUGUUGCAAAGUGAGCGACAGUUUCGAGGUGGCAUUCUUCAUACGGUGACCCUCAUCGAUGAUCAUGUGCGCCCAUUUGAACUUGCACAGCAACGGCCGGUCUCUAAUGAUGUAUUCGUAAGUUGUGAGCAACACAGAGAAGUUUCCGCUUCUCACCUCAUACUGUAG